AUGUCCGCUUUGUCCGCCGUCCAGACGGCUACCACUUUGACCCCUCCGAGCAGUUCUCAUGGCGAUGGAAACGGCUUCUCCUGGGACUUCACGUCGGCCAAACACGAGAACCGUCCCUACCACGAGAAAACCACCCUCAAGACCGAUACCACAAACGGAAUCUACAGGUCACAUCACCUCACAAGAGACGAGAACGGUUCGGCCUUGGAUUUGGACACGUCAUCGAAGGCCUCGAGUGGUGGAGAUCAGGUGAACGGACCAGGUGGUGCUGGUGCGGUCUCGCGAUCCCACAGCAACGACGAUGAGGACGACUCCGACGAUAGGCCCGACAAUGUAGUCGACGUACCCUUCGACGAUGACUACCAACGCAGCGGUCGUACGCAGACGAGGAGCAAGGAUCAUCUGGACCUGUCGGACGAGGACUCGAAAUGGAUCCACAGGGACCUGCUCGCCAAGAUCGAGAGCCAGGAAUUGCAGGCUGCCGGCAUCACCCUGCCCCAAUCUCGAUCUCGGAGCAGACCUCGGAGGGACAGGAGCCAGAGCAGUGCGAGGAAGCCCAUGCAGGACAAUUCGUCGAGAUCUAGGAAAAACUCGUCGCAUGCUAUGGAGCCCAAGACGCCUGAUACGUCUGAGGCAAUAAACGGCUGGGCUUCAAGACCGAUCGAGGAGGCUGAGGCUGAAGGAGAUGCGCCUUCUAAGCCCGCCGGAGGUUCUCGCAUACCUGUACCCAAGAAGAGCCCGCUGCCGAUCCCAACAACGCACCUAGAACGGGACAAAUUGAUGAAGAGGGAGAACAGCCCUGAGGAGCUUGAGAAGCGGAUAGAGAUGCCCAAGGCUCGCUCAAGGUCGAAUAGUACCACCUUGAAGAACCUCGAGCCGUCUCCGACCUUCAAGGCCCACCCGGCCAAGCGCGCCGCGACCACGGACCUGUCUCCCAAGAAGCAGACACCCACCGGGCCCCGAAAGGGCUCAGCACCUUCUAAGUCGAUACCACCCGAAGCGCGUGGCAAGGUGAAACCGAAGCCCAAGAACGGGGCGGCCAACAGCAACGCACGACCCUCCACUAGGUCUGGGGAGCGUGAGCUGUCCAUGGGCUCCAAGCCGAUGGAGGGCGACCCGCCAUGGCUGGUGUCUGCCUACAAGCCUGACCCUCGCCUACCGCCAGACCAACAGCUCCUCCCCACCGUGGCCAGGCGACUGCAGCAGGAGAAGUGGGAGCAGGAGGGCAAGUUCGGGAGCAUUUACGACAAGGACUUCAGGCCGCUUACGGGCGAGGGCUUCCUGGUGCCUCGGGAGAACAUACCAUCAUCUUCUUCUGACGAGAUUGUGAAGCAGGAGGUGGAGAAGCCGGCUGACGAUUGGCCCUUGAAAUCGCCAGACAUCCCGAAGAGCCCUGCAUCACCUGGUCGGUCUAGCUCUUACUCCACCAUGCCCAAGAUCCAGGACAAGCCGCCUGCGAGUCCAUUAUCAAGCCCGAAACAACCAUCGCGGCCCGUGGAGUCUCCGGAACCAAUGCAGAUUACGAGGGUGCCGGAUAUUCCGGAGAAAGAGCCGGAGCAGACGGGCAAGAAGGAGAAGGGAGGCUGCGGCUGCUGUAUUGUGAUGUGA